CCGGGAGGCGCGGUGUUCUCUGCGCGCCUGGCGGGCGGCUCCGGGCGGGGGGGCUCCGGGCGCGGGGGCUCCGGCCCCGCGGCUGCGCUCCCCGCGCCCUCGCCGCUGCGGGCAGUGCCCGUGUGUGUGUCGGUGCACGCCUGCGGCGUAGGCCGGAGCCGCCAUGGCGCCGCCCCCAGGCCCGGCUGCCCUCCCGCGCUCGCUGCUGCUCCUGCCAGCCCUUCUGAGCUCAGGUUGGGGGGAAUUGGCACCGCAAAUUGAUGGUCAGACCUGGGCCGAGCGGGCUCUCCGGGAGAAUGAGCAGCACGCCUUCACCUGCCGCGUGGCAGGGGGGUCUGGAACCCCGCGAUUGGCCUGGUACCUGGACGGACAGCUGCAGGAGGCCAGCACCUCGAGACUGCUGAGCGUUGGCGGGGAGGCCUUCUCUGGAGGCACCAGCACCUUCACUGUUACUGCCCAGAGGGCCCAGCAUGAGCUUAACUGCUCCUUGCAGGACCCCGGCAGUGGCCGGUCAGCCAACGCUUCUGUCAUCCUCAAUGUGCAAUUUAAACCGGAGAUUGCCCAGGUCGGGGCCAAGUACCAGGAUACUCAGGGCCCAGGCCUCCUGGUUGUCCUUUUUGCCCUGGUGCGUGCCAACCCACCUGCCAAUGUGACCUGGAUCGACCAGGAUGGGCCAGUGACCGUCAACACUUCUGACUUCCUGGUGCUGGAUGCCCAGAACUACCCUUGGCUCACCAACCACACCGUGCAGCUACAGCUCCGCAGCCUGGCACACAACCUCUCCGUGGUGGCCACCAACGACGUGGGUGUCACCAGCGCCUCGCUUCCCGCCCCGGGGCUUCUGGCCACCCGAGUGGAAGUGCCACUGCUGGGCAUCAUCAUGGCCGGAGGGCUUGCCCUGGGUGCCCUGGUGGGGUUCAGCACACUGGUGGCCUGCCUGGUCUGCAGGAAAGAGAAGAAGACCAAAGGCCCUUCCCGGCGCCCGUCUCUGAUCUCUAGUGACUCCAACAACCUGAAACUCAACAACGUGCGCCUGCCCCGGGAGAACAUGUCCCUCCCGUCCAACCUCCAGCUCAACGACCUCACUCCAGAUUCCAGAGGGAAACCAGCCGACCGGCAGACGGCUCAGAAUAACAGCCGGCCAGAGCUGCUGGACCCGGAGCCUGGUGGCCUCCUCACCAGCCGAGGUUUCAUCCGGCUCCCGAUGCUGGGCUAUAUCUAUCGAGUGUCCAGUGUGAGCAGUGAUGAGAUCUGGCUCUGAGCAGGGUGAGAUGGGGGGGUGCCCUCUUGGCUCCUGGGCCCCCCCCUUCUCUAAGGCAACCCCUGCCUGGCCCCGUUGCCAUUGUGAAGAGGUCAUGCCACUCCUACUUUAGCUUGCCCUCCUGGCUGGGGCGCCCUCUGUGUCAUCCAUGUGGGACCUGACCCUCAGGGGCACAGGUGUCUUGGCAGAGCCACCAGCUGGACCUCAGCCUGUUGUUCUGACUCGGGUUGGGGGCCUUCACUGCUUGUGCCCCGGCGGAUGCGGCUCUCUGUCCGCGUGUUUGCAGGUCCUCCAGCGUCUGGGUGUGGUGUGGCCCUGCUGGCCUGGGGCUGCUCUGUGCCACGCACUGGUACUCUUAGCACUCUGCACAGCAGGCAUGGGGCAUGCCCGGAUGGGGGAUGGGGGGUGGGGGGGUGCCUGCACGUCUUCACUUGCUUCCCGUGCUAUGCAGCUUUGUGCCCUCAGGGAAAAUCUAGGACCCUGAUAGCUGUAUAGAAUCAAACUGCCCUUUGCCCAGGAACCAAGGCCUGGCCCAGGGGCAGUGGCCGAGCACAAACUAGUCCCUUUUGCUGCAUACCUCUCUGCCCUUCUCUGUCUCCGCCUCCUCUUGGGCAUCACAGGUUAGAUACUAGACCUUCUCCAUUUCUUCACUGGGCACUAGACUUGCCCACUGGCCUAGCCCCCAGUGGUGUCAGUGCCUGGCAUUAGCACAAGUCAGGAGAAAAAGAGGCAGGUGGGAAGGGCACCCAAGACAGCAUGUAGCUAUGCAUCAUUUUUUUACAGUGUUAGCACUUUAAGCACAUCCCCUGGGGAGGGGGUGAGGGCCCAGGGCCCUCUCUGUGGCCUCCCCAAGUUUGGCCUUCCUAUGAUUCACUGUGAGUGCCCUGAACCCUGGGGUUGGCAGUUUCCCUCUCAACAAGUCUCCCUGACCAUAGGUGCCCAUGACCAGCCCUUGACUGUGACAUGGGCAGGAAGCCGCUCUUCCUUCACCCUCUGCUCUUCAGGGGAUGGUCAGAGCGGCGUGUUGUUUGACAGAACUAGAAGCUUUAGGGGAACGUGGAGGGGGACCACAUACCCCCCAAACAAUCUAAAAACUCUCCGGAAAGCAACAUGGAAAUGAUAGCAAAGUAGCAUAGCACAAAGUAUAUUUUUCCCUUGUUGAUAUGUUUUAUAAUCCUUCUCAUGUUCCUGCCUAGGACAGUGCUGAGCACACAGUAAAUUUAAUAAACUCGACUGAGUGAA